UGCCUGUUUUCAUCAAUUGUUUUGUUUGUCUUCCAGACGAUGGCAGCACCCCAGAAAUUCAUGCUGCGUGUUUACAUUGCCACAGAUAUUGCAGUGAAAGUAACUUUGACUGGACGACCAGAAUCAGUGGAUGAUCUAAUUGCCAUACUGCGAGAGAAAGUCAAACCAAGACUGGAUUUUGAGUUUACCCUGCAGUAUGAGGAUGCAGAUUUUAAUGGACAACUGAGCUGUCUGAUUGAUAUUCAAGAGUUACCAGAGAAGGGAACACUCAAAGUUGUUAGAUCAGAAUUUGCUACCAGCUCACUUCCAAGUUCUGAUACAGAAAUCCUUCCUCGUGUGCCUGUAAGCGAGCGUCGGAAGACCUGGCCUGACAUUUUUCCUGUGCCUACUUUUUCCUAUGAAGUCGAGCAUGUGCUAGAAGAGGGAAAUAUUGCCUAUGACAGAUCUGGAAAGACACUGAAAUUAUCCAGGGCCCAAAAGCACAACAUCCUAGAGAGCAUGGCAUCAGUAAUCCAUGGUUUCAAACCUUACCCAAGUGACAGGGAUGUGGGUAUGGCAGCAGAGGCUCUUGUUAAAGCUCAUCCAUCCCUUAAAGAACCUGGAAGUGAAAAUGGAUGGUAUGGAUGGAAGAUAAGCCUUAAAUUCAAAAUGGGCAAUUACCGUACCAAGCUAGCCAGAUCUGGAUGUCUGGAGGUGUCAGUCAACACAGACAGAAGAAGUAAGAACAAUCCUGACAAAGACCCUCCCCACUCCAACAUAAAACGAGCAAGACGAGCAGAAGUGAACUUCCUUCCAAAUUUUCCAAAGGGACAAAACCAGGCCAGUUUGGAAGAAAUGAGACUAGACAUUCUACACGAAGUUGAGAAGAGUGAGAAAAACCUGUUGUUGAUAGAUAAACUUAUGCAGGUGACAUUUUCCCUUCGUCGCCAGGAGAUUGUACAGGAAAACCCAAUGUUGAAGAACUUCCUGGUGAAAUGGCCAGCACUUCAGAUUGAGUCGCAGGUUUGUGCAGAGUUUCAUCGCAUCACAAACACCAAUCUUCGAAACCAGUUCUAUGCCGAAUUGGACAGGCAUACGCCACAACUAUUUGCCUUGUACAGGCAAAAAGCGUCACAUACUGGCAAGGUCUCGGAGGUGCUGCGUGACAUCCUCAGGAUUUAUGAUCGUGAGGAUAUGCAUGAUAUCAACAUAAAGCGCACUGUAGUUCUUCGUGCCCUAGCAGUAUAUUUACGUGAAGAUGACCCACAGUUUUUUAAGACAUGGAAU